GCCCAUAAUUCUCAGCAUUCGAGCAGCUCAAUCGGAGAACUCGCGAUGCGCAAACGGAAGCUGGAAAUUUGUUGGUCUUUGAUCGGUUUGCUCCUGAUCCUGGCAGCUGCUCCGCUGCUCGGCUUCAGCACACAGUAUCGCGGCCAUACGCAGCAUCCCACCAUCUCCGAGCAUUGCUACUACGCGGAACUGGAGCUGGCCGUGCCGCGGAACGGCACCGUCUUUCCGGUGGAUCGGCUGGAUUUUUGUGCCCAGGUGUAUUGCCGUGAGGACUAUGUGCUCAUGAUCAAGCACUGCGAUCGCAUGCAACUGGCCGAUGGCUGUCACUUUACGCCCAAUGACUACACAAAACCGUAUCCGGAUUGCUGUCCCACACGUAUUUGUUCCGGCGAUUGAUGCCCUCAGCUGUAUACAUAUAUAUAUAUAUAGAUAUAUCUUUAUACCUAAUCUUGUCUAUAAAGGGGAACUUUUUUUAAAAUGAGUGCGAAAAGGUUUUGAUACAUCCUUGUGGAGAUUAUUACAGUCGUAAAGUAUACAUAUAUAUUCUUGAUCAGUUCGAGUCUGACUUGAAAAUUUGCAUGCGUUAACAGAUCAGUCGAAAGCUUAUCAAAAACCCAUUAAAAUAAGAAUGAAUAAAGUUUUCCGAAGACUUACAAUUUCGAUUCAUAUAUUUAACCAGAGGAUAAAUAAUAAGCUGGCAAGAGGAAAUACAUUUCUUCCUUAAAACUCAUGAAUGGAAAUAAAAAUGAAAGUAUACAAUUUAA